ACCUUCCCUGCGCGCGCAGCAACUUCCAUCCACCCCACAUGGCUCAGGGCAACAUGAAUAAUCUAACGACGCUGAUCAAGCGGCUCGAAGCUGCCACGUCACGGCUGGAAGACAUUGCUGGCUCGUCGUACCCCGCGGAUGGCAGCGUGCCCAAUACUGGAGGGUCGGGUGCUGUCGCCGGCGCACCCACGGCCCCGCGAAGCAUUUCUCCUCCCCCGAAGCCGGUCGAGAGCUUGCCGCCGUCGAUUGCCGCAUUCGACGAGCUUGUGGACGGCGACCUGAAGACAUGGUUGGGCUUGAGCACCAAGCUGGGCAGCGUCAUCGAGGGCCAGUCGAAAGCGGUACAGCAGGCCUUUGCAGCGCAGCGAGACUUCCUCUUCAUCGCGAACAAGGCGAAGAAGCCCGACGACCGCACCAUGCUCGAGCUGCUGAAGGACCUGCAGGCCAGCAUGGAGAAGACGGACGAGGUCAAGCAGACCAACCGGGACCCGGAGCUCAAAGACCCGCUGCACAUGGUCGCCGACGGUGUGGGUGCAUUGGGCUGGAUCACGGUUGGCGCGAAGCCCCACGAACACAUCACCGAGAUGUUCGGCGGCGCGCAGAUGUACGGCAACAAGGUGCUUAGGGCGCAUCGAGAGAGCCCGGACAAGACAUACGUCGAAUGGGUCCAGGCCUACUACAGGCUGUUCAAGGCCCUCGCCGAGUACGCAAAGACGCACCACGCCUUCGGUGUUGCAUGGAACACCAACGGCAUCGACGCAAAGGAGGCCGCCAAGCAGGUUGCAAGUGCCCACUCGUCCUCUCCAGCGUCGAGCAUCCCACCACCUCCGCCUGGCGGUGUCCCUCCCCCGCCGGGUCCUCCCCCGCCACCAGGCCUUCCUCCGCCACCUGGUGCUGCACCCGCGCCCAAGAAGUCAGCCGCCGACAUGAACGCCGUCUUCGAUGCCCUCAACCAGGGCGAGGGGGUCACGAGGGGCCUGAAGAAGGUCGACGCAAGCCAGAUGACGCAUAAGAACCCGUCACUGCGAGCAAACGACCGCGUCCCCACACGCAGCGACAGCAGCAGUUCAAUGCGAGGCAAGAGCCCAGCGCCGCCCGGCAAGAAGCCCAAGCCAGACAGCAUGCGGACUAAGAAGCCGCCCAAGAAGGAGCUCGACGGCAACAAGUGGAUAGUAGAGAACUUCGAAGGCCCCACGGAAAUGCUCGAAAUCGACGCCGAAAUCAACCACUCGAUCCUCAUCUCCCGCUGCAAAAACACUACCAUCCGCAUCAACGGAAAAGCAAACGCCAUCUCCCUCGACAACUCGUCGCGCACCUCCCUCAUCAUUGACUCGCUGGUUAGCUCCGUCGACGUCAUCAAGUGCCCUAACUUCGCCCUGCAGGUCGUCGGCACGCUGCCCACUGUUCUCCUUGAUCAGGUCGAUGGCGCGACGGUUUAUCUGUCCAAGGAUAGUCUGAAUACGGAGAUCUUUACGAGCAAGUGCUCGAGUAUCAAUAUUAAUCUGCCCACCGAGGAGGAUUAUGUGGAGAAUCCGGUGCCGGAGCAGUUGAGGAGUUUUGUACGCGGUGGGAGGCUGGUUAGUGAGAUUGUGGAACAUGCUGGUUAGGUUGGGAAGGAGGGGUUGGGUGGAUUGGAGGUUGGCAGUUGAGAUGGCUUGUAUCCGUAAAAGUCUUGGGUGCUGGUUGGUGUAUGAGUUGUCUGGAUUGAAUGGAUGCAAGGAGACUGACAUCUUCCCUUUACCCGUGUUUCUGUGUGUUGAUGUGUUGAUGUGUUGUGUAUUGUGUGUUAGAUCGUGCUGUGUUGUAUAGUAUCUAUCUACCCGAUGGAUCUUAUCUCUCUACCUUAUUGUAAUGGAAUAGACUUGCUGGCCCG